AUGUCCGAUGAGCUGCACUCGUAUUAUUUUCUGCGAAUCAGCCAUUGUCAAAUAGAAGAUGGCCCACGAUUAUCAAUACGUGGUGAAGACAAGGUAACAUGCGGAGAAGAGGCGUGUUUUGAAGGGGUUAUAGAACCUUCAGCAGAAUAUAGAGAUGUGUCGCUCAUCUGGCAGAGAAUCAAGGGAGAAAUUCCAAAAGAACUUGACAUCACUAGAGACAAAUACAGAGGAAGUACCAAUACAAAGUUGGUGGUACGAAAAAUUUCUAAAAAAGAUGAAGGUGGAUAUCGGGCAGUUAUUCAUCGAGAUUCGAUUGGAAACCAAGACAAUUUGAUCAGUAAUACGAUCUUCUUGGUCGCUGAAGGAGAUCCUCCAUUCCUUGGUGAGUUAAAAGCUAGCGCAGACUUGGAUGAAAUACAACUUCAUUAUAGCAUCUACAGCAGCUCACCACCAGUGACGAAAAUCACAUGGACCAAAAACCGAAAUAUCUUAAAUAUACAACAGAUAAAAUACUCAGGAGGAAGUUUGCGUGACAACUCUCUAGUCAUUAAAUUACCGACAUCAGAUGACGCUGGUCAGUACACUUGUACCAUUUCCAACGCAGUAGGAAAGGUGUCAGAGUCCCUGACGCUAGGUGUCCCAUCAGUGUCCAUCAGAGAGGAAUUAAUUGUACCUCUUGGUUUUGAAGUCUCUGUCGAAGCUAGAAUUAUAUCUUGCCCACCAGUGAUAUCAACAAUAUGGGAGAAAAGCACAACCUUGAAUUCAACAGCCUUCCACCCUCUGGACAUGUCCAACCCAAUCUAUUCUGGCAGCGUAAUGCACAAGAAUGAUUCGAAAUUAGUCAUACGAAACACAACGAUUGAAGAUGAUGGUCUGUAUUACCGACUGGUGGUAACAAACAGGAUCGGACAACACACAAGUAACACGAUGAUCUUGAAACUUAUCGGCGGUACAUAUAUGGACCCGACAGAGAUUUCUACCGAAGAACAAGGUGCACUUGUGACAAUAGGAAAAGAUUUGACGAAUGGUCAUCAAGUGUGUAUGAAGAUCAAAAACCUGUCGGACACCCCCAUGCUUAAUGGAUCCGUAGCGUGUCGAAGUGGCAUCAUUGAUUCUGUUCUGCCAAAAUCCAUUCAAACAAAUAGCUUCUACUGCAUCGGUUUUCAGAAGACUAGUCCGCUUAUGCCACGUGGUGCAGUUGGCACCGUGGCAUACGAAUUGGGAAAUUACAAGCUUUGUAUCCGGUACUCUAACCCAUACGUAGGAACAAACAAAGGCGGCUUUCUUUGGAAGGAUAAAAACUUUGAGAUUACGGAAAGUACUGAGGACCACAUAUGGAGAUUCGGAAUCAAUUUCGAAAGCAAUGGCAGAAUGGAAUGGAAAUCAUUGAGAAAAGAAAGAUUUGUUGUAGAGGGAUUUAUUACAGGAGGAAAUCCGGCAUACCUCCACGUCCACGUUAGGAACACUUGAACAGUUUAUUGUGUUUUAACACAUUGUGCAUAAUAGUUUUAUAUCAGAUUCAAAUAGAUGAUUUCUAAAGCAU